UCCAUAAAGGUGUGUAGCCUAGCACAGAUAGAUGUUAGGAGCUAAGGGAAGAUACAGAGAGAAAGAAAAGCAUGAGUAAAAGGAAAUGGAGAGGGGAUAUCACCAGCGAGAAGAAGGAAUGGGAGGAGGAGGAUCAAGCAGGACCUUCUUCUCAAGUCAAACUCAGUCAGAAGGAAAAGGAACUCCAGACAUCCACGCCUCGUGUGAUGGACCCUGAUCCAGAUGGGAAGAAGAAGAGGAGCAGAGACUCCAAAGGGGGCGUGUCUUCAUCUGACUCUGACAGUGUCCAGCAGGGGGCGUCAGACACAGAGUCCAAGAGGCCAGAUGGGACCCGGGUCAGAGGACAGAGGGACUCUACUGCAGGACACAGAUGGAAACCAGAGGAGGCAGAGGUCCAUGAGAAAUUCCGUUCUACACUGAAGAGCAAGUUUCAGCAUCUGAAUGAGGGAGUACCUAAUCAGGGAGAAACCAGACUCCUCCAUGAGAUCUACACAGAUCUCUACAUCACAGAGGGAGGAGGAUGGGUCAAUGAUGAACAUGAGGUCAGACAGAUAGAGAGAGCAUCCUGGAGAAAAGCAGCACAAAUUAGGCCAAUCAAAUGCAGUGACAUUUUUAAACCCUUCUCUGGACAACACAAGCCCAUCAGAACAGUGAUGACAAAAGGAGUGGCUGGCAUUGGGAAAACAGUCUCUGUGCAGAAGUUCAUCCUGGACUGGACUGAAGGAGAAACCAAUCAGGAUGUCCACUUCAUAUUUCCUCUUCCUUUCCGAGAGUUGAACCUGAUGAUGGACAAGCAGCUUAGUCUGGUGAAGCUUCUUCAACACUUUUUCCCAGAAAUAAAAGAUUUGAAAAUCCUCACCAACUCAAAGCACAAAGUCAUGUUCAUCUUUGAUGGUCUUGAUGAGUGUCGACUUCCUCUAGAUUUCCGUUCCAACCUGAGUUGUUGUGAUGUGACUACGCUAGUUUCAGUGAAUGUACUGCUCACAAACCUUAUCAAGAGAAAUCUGCUUCCCUCUGCUCUUCUCUGGAUUACCACCCGACCAGCAGCAGCCAGUCAGAUCCCUCCUGAAUAUGUGGAUCAGGUGACAGAAAUAAGGGGAUUCAAUGCCCCACAGAAAGAGGAGUACUUCAAGAAGUACUUUAAAACAAGAACCAGUGAUGAGAACCUGGCCAGCAGAACCAUCACACACCUGAAGUCAUCCAGGAGCCUCUACAUCAUGUGCCACAUUCCAGUCUUCUGCUGGAUUUCAGCCACUGUGGUAGAGAGAGCAUCAUCUGAAUCAGAAAAAGUAGGAAUGCCAAGAACUCUCACUCAAAUGUACACUCACUUCCUGAUCAUUCAGACAAGCAUAACAAAUGUCAAGUACACAGAGAGAAAAGAGACCGAUGAAGAGAUAGUUUUCAAACUGGCGAAGAUGGCUUUCCAGCAGCUGGAGAAGGGCAAUCUGAUCUUCUAUGAGGAAGACCUGAGAGAAUGUGGCAUUGAUGUCACAGAAGCAUCAGUGUACUCAGGAGUGUGUACUCAGAUCUUCAGAGAGGAGUCUGGGUUGUACCAGGGGAAGGUGUUCAGCUUUGUGCAUCUGAGCAUUCAAGAGUUUCUUGCAGCUGUUUAUGUGUUCCUCUGCUUCAGACACACAGAGAGAAGCAUGUCUGACCAUCAGCAAACCUCUCAGCUCUCUGGUCUGUUCAGAGCAGGGACCUUGCAUGACCUACACAAGACUGCAGUGGACCUGGCCUUACAGAGUGAGAAUGGACACCUUGACCUUUUCCUCCGCUUCCUUUUGGGCCUCUCACUGGAGUCCAAUCAGGAACUCUUAAUGCACCUACUGCCACAGACAAGAAGUCAACCACAGAGCUAUGAGCAAACAGUCCAGUAUAUCAAACAGAAGAUCAGAGAUAAAAGAAAUUCAGACAAAAAGAUUAAUCUGUUCUACUGUCUGAAUGAGCUGAAUCGUCAUGCUGUAGUGGAGGUGAUUGAAAAGAGCUCUGGAGCUUUGUUUGUAGAAACACUCUUACCAGGACAGUGGGAGACUAGGACAUUUGGGUUUAAGAUUCCAGAGGAGCAGCUGGAUGAGUUUGACCUGCAGAAGUACAUAAAGACACCAGAGACCGAUCAGACUGAACUCCUCAGUCCAGAUGAAGUUCUUCAGAGGCUGGUUCCAGUGGUCACAUCAGCACUGCUGUUUGAUUGUUCCCUCACAGAGAAGAGCUGUGCUGCGAUAGCGUCAGCUGCCAUAUCAAACUCCUGCAGUUUGAAGGAGCUGAACCUGAGUUACAAUGAGCUUCAUGAUGCAGGAGUUCAGCAUAUCUCAGAGCUCCUCAAGAAUCCCCACUGCAAACUGGAGACACUAUGGCUGGUUAAGUGUUCCCUCACAGAGAAGAGCUGUGCUGCGAUAGCGUCAGCUGCCAUAUCAAACUCCUGCAGUUUGAAGGAGCUGAAACUGAGUUACAAUGAGCUUCAUGAUGCAGGAGUUCAGCAUCUCUCAGAGCUCCUCAAGAAUCCCCACUGCAUGUACAGUUUAGUGGAUGAUCGUAUCUUCCUAAAGGAGAGUCCAGCAGCAGCAGCAGCCUCUGCUAGCAGCUCCCACUCAGAUGCUGCAGAGCUGCACCUCAGAGACAAAGUCCAGCAGGACCCAGGAGCACAGCUGCUCUCUCUGGACACUCACACGGAGGAUCACCACAUGGAUGCCCCACAGAGGAGCUGUGAAUCCUGUACUGAAGUUCCAGACUCCAGCCACUGGGUCCUGGUGAAGCCUGAAGUCUCCACAGAGGAGAGCGUCUCCACCUACAGCCUGAGUUCUCCUGCAGGGAGCUAUGAGUGCCCAGAGUCUGGUCUGCGCUGGACGGGUGCUGGUCCAGUCACCCUGCAGUACCGCUUCAUAGACUGGCAUCUCUUGGCUGAUGAGCUGCCCCAUAUGCAGUACAGACCAGCUGGCCCUUCAGUGGACAUUAAAGUCAUCUCAGGAGAGCUGGAGGAGAUCCACCUGCCACAUUUCCUCUGUUUGGGAGGUAGCCCAUCUUCUCUGAAGGAUGCUGUGGAGGUUCUGCAUAAGCAGGACAGUGGAGUGUUGAUAGAGAAGUGUGAGCUGAGUCGCUUCCAUGCCAAGCUUGUGAACCCCUCCUUCUCUCUUCUUGGGCCCUUCUACUCUUUGAUGUCUCUCUUUCUCCCAGGGAAGGAGGAAGAGAGAGAGAAACAGCUGAAGAUCCAUGCAGAUGUUCAGGUCUAUCAGAGCAGCACAGUACCCCUCACUUUCCGCACGUACCUUCUGCCAGAGGAUGCCCAGCUCAGGAAGUUAUUGGAGGACCAGGAGGAAUCAUACCGAGGUCACAACCUCAAGAAGCCCCGGCCUGUGAGACCUCUUCAGAUGCACGAGUUCUAUGCUUUGCAGACUGACUGCAACUCCAUGAUUAACCCAGUAGAUCUGGAUCUCAGAUACAGCUCCAUUGCUCCCAACUUCUUUGAGGUGUCCAUAAGUGAAGCGUCUGAUUUCAGCAUGGAGCUCCUCAGCUGUGCAGACCGACAGAGAAUCUGGCAAGCAGGGGUCAAGAAAACAGAGUGCCGCUUGGACAAUCCCCACCAGAGCAGUGACAACUCAUCGGCUGCAAAAUUCCUCAGAAGGCACCGGUCAAAUCUGGUCAAGAGGGUAAAAAAUGUGAUGGCGGUAGCCGAUGAGAUGUUCUCACAAGGUCACGUCAAAGAAGAAGAUUACGCAAACAUCAGGGUGGCAACCCCAGAGCAGGAGAAGAUGAGGCGGAUGCUGGAUUGUUGCAGCACUUCAGCACAGGGGGCGCUACUCAAUAUCCUUCAGAGGGAAUGCCCUGACCUGAUGGAAGAGUUGGGACAACCAGCAGUAGGACUGUAGGAUAUCCUAGAUGGGAAUGCCCUGACCUGAUGGAAGAGUUAGGACAACCAGCAUUAGGACUGUAGGAUAUCCUAGAUGGGAACGAUGUUGUUAAUUACUUUUGAACUGUAGGAUAUCCUAGAUGGGAACACCCUGACCUGAUGGAAGAGUUGGGACAACCAGCAUGAGGACUGUAGGAUAUCCUAGAUGGGAACGCCCUGACCUGAUGGAAGAGUCGGGACAACCAGCAUGAGGACUGUAGGAUAUCCUAGAUGGGAACAGUGUUGUUAAUUACUUUGUACUGUAGGAUAUCCUACAUGGGAACGGUGUUGUUAAUUACUUUGGACUGUAGGAUAUCCUAGAUUAGGGAUGGGAAUCGAAAACCGGUUCUCGUUCAGAACCGGUUCCCCAUGUUUAGAUUCCUUGGAAUCGCUUGGCAGUUUUGCAAACGAUUCCCUUAUCGAUUCCAAUGGGCACGAAGGACGUUGCCACGCGGGUUGCGUAGCUUACGCAAGAUACGCAACGUCCAUGGCGUCGUCGAGUUCAGCGCAGCCGACUGCCAUGGAUGCAGCACAAAUGGGUUUACACCCGAAAGGAUGACAACAGGGCAAGUACAAAGCAAAGUGGAUAUUUCUUGAACAGGAGGAAAUACUACAAAUGUGCAGAAACAUUUCCGUAGGCUACAGUGAGUUCUAUGACUUUGUAAGUAGGCUACACCGAACCAAAAGAAGAAAUCAAUCAGUGGUUGCGCAAUGACAUAGCCUAUCGAUGCAUGACAAACACACAAAACUUCAUAAGGCUAAUGCAGAAAAGUAUACACCAGCGUUCAAUGCCCAUUGCCCAAUCAGUCUCAAAUGCUAGUUAGUUUAAAUAAGUUAGGUAUUAAGUUAGGCUACAUUUGACGUUAGAGCACAAAUGCAGUCCAAAACUGAAAGCACUCGGAGGGCGCAAACCUCCGCCAGCACCUCUGCAAAAGGGUUUAGCAGUAGCUAAACUUCAUAAUGAUUAUGAUAAAUGAUAUAGCCUAAUAAUAAUAAUAGCCUAAUAAGUAAUAGGCUAAAGGCUUACAUUUAAAGAAUCAAAGAAAGAAAGCUGAAUAGCCGCCUUGGCAGAAACACACAAAUUGAGCGGACUGGUGCGAUAGCCAUAAGUCCUCCUCUCUUGGUCUCUUUGUGUAGGCUAGGCCUAUGUGCAAGAGCAAUCAAGAAGCAACAGAACAAGAAAAAAGGUAUUGUUUCUAUCAUGUGUCUUUAUCUAUUUGAUGGAAUGAGUAGGCUUUAGGCUAAGCCCGUGAACGCAAAGCAGAUAAAACUUGCGUGUUGGCAGCCAAAAUAAUAUUGCAAACGUUGCUUACAAUCCUUAAAUUAUGACCCGAAAUUAUAUUUAACUGAAAUAAAUAAGAGCUCUUCUUAAUAUUUUAUAUUGUUGAUUAGUUGGUUUGAUAUUGUUGUCAAUUAAAAGUCGUUGUACACCAUGGGUUUCCAACACACUCGCUUGCCGCCCCGUUCUGAGGCUGAAGCAGGAGACGACAUUUAAACACAAUUGGAGGCAUUCCAGCCAACGUAUUUAAUUAAAAGUAGGCUAAAUCAUGCAUAGGCUACCUAAAUACUCAAUAUAGGCUACUUGGCUAAUGCCUACUGAAUAAGGUUUCCAUAAGCCCACAGCACCCACAUUCAAUGAAUGAAUGAAAGCAGCGCUGUCUCGUAAUAAACAGCAGGUGGAAAUACCGACACUGUUUCAACUACAUGAAACGCAAUCGUGAUGCAUCAAAUACCCCCGAGCUUUCAGUGGUCAUCAGUCACAACAUUUAGCAAUAUAAGCAAACUGUCCAAAAUUAAUUAAAUCCCAAACCAAAUUGAAAAUCUUUCGAUUUUGAUAGCCUACCGGUAGGCCUACAUGUCUCAUAAUGAAACACGCAGACGGCCUGUCUCCAGUGCACGUCUGCCCCAAAUAAAGUCCUCUGCUUUGUGCAGCCUAAGCAAAUGAAAUAAUCUAGCCAUAAUUUGAGGAUAUAUGGUAUAGUUUAGUAUAGACCUUUGAAAUUAUAGAGGUUUGGUUUAGCAUAGUACCUACUUUUAAACAAACACUUUUUUUCUGUUUCACCGUUCAUGUUAGUGCCAUUUGCCUAGUUGUAGCACCUGCUAUUUAACAGUUAACAUUAAAUGAACGCAACCAUCUCAUGCAUUUAAUUUAGAAGAUGACUGUGACAAGGGGCGGACUGGCUCAGAGGCUGGCAGUACAUGUCUUAAGCCUACCUUACACUGACAAGAUUUGGGAAAGAUUCUUGAAAGAUUGUAGUCUUUUAACUAAUGCCC